AUGAAGUCUGUCGUCCGCAACACCUUGAUUCGUCAUGCUUUCAACACCUGUGACCAAGGCAGGUUGAAGCAGGAACUGCACUACAUCUGGACAUCGCUACAAGACCUUCACAACAUCAGCCAGCCCAAGCCAAGCAUCUCGAAAGACGAAAGACCACAGUUCAAGACAUCCACAACCCUUCCAUAUACCAAGCCAUGUGAAGCCAGUGCAGAGGAACAGCUCUGCCCUCCACCAAGGAGGAUUAGUGUUGAGAUUAUAAUCACAUGGAUUGCUGAGGUUCAAGAACCAACCCUUCAAUCAAGAACCAACCAUUCAGUCAAGAACCACCCCUUUAACCAAGAACCAAUCCUUCAGUCAAGAACUAAUCAUUCAGUCAAGAACCAAUCUGUCAGUCAAGAACCAAUCUGUCAGUCAAGAUCCAAGCCUUCAGUCAAGAAACAACCCUUCAGUCAAGAACCAAUAUCCCUCAGUCAAGAACCAAUCCUUCAAUCAAGAACCAACCCUUCAGUCAAGAACCAACCUUUCAGUCAAGAACCAACCCUUCAGUCAAGAACCAAUAUCCCUCAGUCAAGAACAAAACCUUCAGUUAAGAACCUACCCUUCAGUAAAGAACCAAGCUCUAGAACCAUCCCUUCCAGUCAACAACCAAUCCUUCAGUCAAGAAUCUACCCUUCAGUAAAGAACCAAGCCCUAGAACCAACCCUUCAGUCAAGAACCAACCCUUCAGUCCAGAACCAACCCUUCAGUCAAGAACCAACCCUUCAAUCAAGAACCAAUCCUUCAGUUAAGAACCAACCAUCGGUCAAUAACCAAGCCCUAGAACCAACCCUUCAGCCAAGAACCAAUCCUUCAGUCAAGAACCAUCCCUUCAGUCAAGAAAAAAGCCUUCAGUCAAGAACCAAUCCUUCAGUUAAGAACCAACCAUCGGUCAAUAACCAAGCCCUAGAACCAACCCUUCAGUCCAGAACCAACCCUUCAGUCAAGAACCAUCCCUUCAGUCAAGAAAAACAGCCUUCAGUCAAGGACCAACCCAUCGGUCAAGAACCAAUCCUUCGGUCAAGGACCAACCCAUUGGUCAAUAACCAAGCCCUAGAACCAACCCUUCAGUCAAGAACCAACCCUUCAGUCAAGAACCAAUCCUUCAGUCAAGAACCAACCGUUCAGUCAAGAGCCAACCCUGCCAAUAACCCAAUGUUCAGAUUGCCAGAUCCACAAUCAACAUUAAAUGGAAGCUCAGGAAUGCUGCCUUAG